AGACAUGUUAUUUCUUGCUUGGAAUUCUUCUUUACCACUCAAGUUGCUUGUUUGUCAUGUUGAAUCUGAACAGGGAAGCGCCAAGGAAGAAUUCCAGGUUGACUGGAUGCUUUUAGCAGAAAUGGGCCCAGAUGCUAUUAUUGAUAGUUCAUCUAACUUAGGAUCUCAUGAUAUAGACUAA